AUGAACUUGCAAGAAACAAGCUCUUUAGUGAGAUAUCAAGCGAUGCCUCCUAAUUCUAAUGACAUAUUGGAAAAAUUUCGAAAUUUGUGGUGGACCGAUGGGAAUAUACACCCGAGUGCAAACUGGGAUGAAGCUUCGUUACCCUAUUUAUUGAAAAGUGAUGUUGAUUGGGAGAAAUAUUCAGAGCGAACUGAUAUGUAUAAUGUGCAUGGAAGAUGGGAGUGGAUAAAUGGAAAUGUUUGUUCUAGAGCAAUCGAAGGUCGAGUUCGUUUGGCAGAUUCACAAGAAGAGCUCAUUAGUUCAGGAUCUACAUGUACAAAAGCCGGUAAUAAAGGAAAAGAAGCAGACGGAUCUUUUUUACCAUUUGACAAACCUGACUUAAAUUCAAAUGGACGUGAAGGCCCUAAUUCUCUUUUACCGUGGCCCAAUCUUGUAAUCGAAGUCGCUUCCUUGGAAUCAGAAGCACAUUUAUUAAACGCAGUAAAAGAUUAUUGGCUCUGUCCAGGUAGAGCUCAUGAUGCAAUUGCAGUAAAAUUAAUACGAUCUGAUACAAUUAUUUCAAAAUUGAAAGUAUGGCAUUUUUGCAACGAUAAAAGGACACAGAGUGGGGAAUUAAUACCUGUUUCGGAAUUUGAAUUCGAAACCAUUGAUGAUAAAGGAAAAUUUCUUAUUCAGCCUCAACAACAUACUAUUGAUCUUAAAAUAAAGUGCCUUUUUCAUGGGAUGCCACCAACUUUUCAAAUACCUACAUCAAUAUCCGAUCCUCUUAUCAUAGAUUUUUAUUAUGUCUUACGUUCUAUGAAAAAUGUACUUAAGGUUUCAUAA